UACAUUUUAAGUACUAUAAAAAUGAUCAACUUCCGUCUAGUUUCAGUUUGCGUUUUUUCUGCUGUGUUGCAGUGUAUUUACUCGAAAAGUCCUUUUGUUUUCGAGUUCCAACAGUCACAAAAUUCUCGUGAAACCACUCUAAAUCGUGAGAAGAAUUCUAGGAUUCAGCAGUUUCUAAAUAAACCAAAUGGUGCAAAAUAUGGCCCUACCAAAUUUUCACAUCUUUCUCAAGUGGAAUUUGAAAAAGAAUAUUUGAGUGAUCUGAAGGGAAAACAGAAUGUCUUUGAAGGAAAGAAACAGUCUCCAUCAUUCAGCAUCUCAUCACCCAAACUACCACAGAAAGUUGACUGGAGGAAUUACAAUGGAGUGAAUUAUGUAUCUCCAAUUAAAAAUCAAAAUAAAUGUGGAGGAUGUUGGGCCUUUAGUACAACAGAGACUAUAGAAUCAAUGUACGCUAUAGCCCAUAAUGUCACACCACCGCGACUGAGUGUGCAGGAAGUCAUCGACUGUUCCGCAGGAAACUACGGAUGUUCUGGAGGGGACACCUGCACGGCACUAGCAUGGUUGCACAAUACUCAGUCUCUGCUGGUUUAUGAGGAGGAAUACCCUCUGACAGACACCUCUGACUUCUGUAAACUCCUGACCAACUCCUCACGAGGAGUUACAGUGAAAAGCUUCACUUGUGACAGAUAUGUGGGAAAAGAGCAGUCCAUGUUACAGUUGUUAGCCCAUGGGCCCCUUGUGGUUGCAGUCGACGCCAGUACCUGGAACCACUACCUAGGAGGAAUAAUUCAGUACCACUGCGGUACCAAGCUCAAUCAUGCCGUCCAGAUUGUAGGCUAUGAUUUAACAGGUGACAUUCCAUUUUACAUCGUGAGGAACUCUUGGGGAACAGAUUUUGGAAACGAUGGAUACCUAUACAUUAAGAUUGGGGAUAACUUAUGUGGUAAGCUUGCUCCACAGUUCAGGCAUAAAGUAUGGUUACCUUACCAGAGUUUCCUCGUUUGUAAAAUCGUGGAUUAGCCACUUGAUUUGCUUUGAAUGUUGCAUUGAUUUGGAAAAUGGAUAUACCAAUACCGGUGGUAUCUGUGUCUCACAAAGAUAUUUCAUUGCAGUGAAGUGAACUGACAAGUUGUGAUGCCCGACAGAGAAUUUGUUAUAAAGAACUGACAUGGUUUUCUUUUUAAGGGAUAGCAUCAGAAGUUGCUACUGUGAAUGUCAACUGAUCUUGAAUGUAUGUAAAGGAAGACACGGAAUGUAGCAAAGAACAGGAAGAGCACAGACAACGAGAAUCCUAAAUUUGUAAACUUCAUAUGUCUCAGUUUCCUUUUCACAAUCGUUAUAUAGUCAUUGUAUGUGUAUAUGCAUGCAUUUGUUCAGUGUUUGUAUACAUCGCAACUUCAAUAAGUUAAUAUGUUCAUCAGUUCUUAAGUGAAAGCAUGAAAUUUAUCUAAGCAACAUAUUUUGUGUAUACUGUUAUAUAAAACUUGUAUAAGAGAGAGAGAGAGAGAGAGAAAUCUGUAUUGUAUUGACUUGUCCAGAAAUCCAACACAUACUUACAUUUACAAGGAUGUAGAUGUUAUGCACAUAUUUUUUCAAUGUGAAAUAUAUAUUUAUACAUUCUUA